UUUAUCAAUUUAACGAUUUAAUAUACCGGUACAUUCGAAUUAUUCCGAUGUAAGGUGAACCCAAUUAUUUUUUCAUAAACUCAUAAUCCAGACUGUGCAUAAAAGCGAACUCCCUUUGAUACGUUGAUCCUGAACCGUGGCCAGGGAGAGAGCGGUGAAAUGGAAAACGACGGUGGAGCAACCGAGUCGAAUUCGAAUGCCACCACCACCACUAUAACCAUAAACGUGAAGUUCAGUGGUUCUUCUAUACCAAUCUCAAUUUCACCUCAAUCAACCAUCAAAGAACUCAAGUCUCUUCUUCUACCUGCCACUAAUGUUCUUCCAAGGGGUCAAAAACUCAUCUUCAAAGGUAAGGUUUUGGAAGACCCUUCUACAUUGGUAGCUUCCAAUUUGAGUAAUGGCUCUAAAGUCAUGCUUAUGGCUUCUCAGGGUUUAUAUCAAGGGGAUGGUCCUGUCUUGAAGAAAGCUCAGGUUGUUCCCAGCUCAAGGAAAGAUAGCCACUCAGCCUCUAGUAGCGACAUGAAGAAAGUUCCGGUAAAGAACAGGUCGGAACGGUGGAAAGUAACAGGGGUUAUAGCAUUGUCUGAAUGCAACUUGGAGGCCAUACCUGAUGAAGUUUGGAUUUGUGGAUCUUCUGCAAGAGUUCUAGUUUGCGACAGAAAUAUCCUUAGAAAUGUUCCUAUUGAAAUUUCACAACUUACUCGUCUCGAGAAACUAUUUAUUGAUGCCAACAACUUAUCGGAUGAAUCAAUUAACUGGGAAGGACUGACAAAUCUGAAGUACCUAACAGUACUAACAUUGAAUCAGAACCAUUUAACUACUUUGCCAUCUGCGUUGGGAUCUAUAAGCUCUUUGAGAGAGUUGCAUCUCUCCAAUAAUCAAUUGACUGGCCUUCCUGAUGAAAUAGGGAAUCUGACACAGUUAGAAGUUUUGAAAGCCAACAAUAAUAGGAUGAGUAAAAUAUGUGAAUUUAUAGGGAACUGCCAUUCUCUUGUUGAGGUUGAUUUCUCAUCAAAUUUUCUGUCAGAAUUGCCAGAGACAUUCAGUAAUUUUAAAAAUUUGAAGGCUUUGCAUCUUAGUAACAAUGGGAUGAAAUCCCUGCCAUCUAAACUAUUCAAGACUUGCUUGCAGCUUUCAACUUUGGAUCUCCAUAAUACAGAAAUAACAAUUGAUCUACUUCGUCAGUUUGAAGGUUGGGACGAUUUUGAUGAGCGCCGUCGCUCAAAGCAUCAGAAACAAAUAGAAUUCCGAGUUGGAGUUUCGAGAGAUUUUGAUGAAGGUGCUGAUAAAAACUAAAUAGAAAUUAUUGAUCAUAGUUCCUUAAUUUGCCUCUUGUGGCAGAUUGAAAAUUUGUUAUAGAAUGUUAUAGCAAGACUUUCCAACUAUGUUGAAGAAUUAUUUUAGUAAAACAUGUUUCUUCUCUCUCUUUUUUAUGGAAGUUUCUUCUAUCUCUCUUA